UUCCCAAGCAACCCCAUGCUUUAUUCCAUUCGUGACACCAGAUCUGACAAAGACGUUUCUUUUUUUGUCAUAUUCCUGGUCUAUGAUCGGAUGAAUUUAGUAAGUAAGGGGCACUACCUUUUGUUUUUCUAGCACAGCCACCGACAAUCAAAAUGUGGAAAGUUCAUCUCCAUUGACGUAAUUCCAUGUCGACCUCACAUCGCCAUACAUCCCAACUCAAGGAUGUUCUAGAAGACGAACAGUGCGAGCGACCUUCCAAGCGACUUCGAGCUGAUAGUCCAUUGGGGAUGUCCUCUACUGCUUCAUUACCAUUAUCUAAUCAAUUCUCUGAUCCCGCUUCAUCACGAACGUGCUCAGACCAAAACCAAAAAAUCAUCCGUAACAAUUUAGACAUCGAAGAUGGGGGCAGUGAUAAUAACAAUAAUCUAAGCCUAGAGGAUGAAAGCCUCAAGGAUGGGGACAGUAGUCAGGGAGACGAUGAAGAUGAUAUAGUCUUAUCUGAAGUGCAUAUCGAUCCAAUAAAUGGUCGAGUGGAUGGGAGGUGGAUGGUGUCUCUCUUUCAAAUCGGAAAAGCUGUCGAGAGGCAUGAUAAAAGGCAUUUGGCAAAUACAGAAGAGCAAUUCGAAAUGUCGUGGGAAUAUGCUGUAGAAAUACGACAUGCCAUGGGAACAACGUUGAAAAGUGUUGGCUCACAGGUUUGGAUGGGUAGUUUCCUCUUGGUAGACUGGAUGUCCUCAAUCAAGGAUCAGCUGAAUGGCAGUGUAGCAUUCGAGCUUGGCGCAGGGACAGGUCUCACCAGCAUAGCUCUUUCUCUCCUAACAGGGGUCGAACGGAUAUUCUGCACCGAUUAUGACACGGAUGUUUUAUUGAAUUGUGAGCGGAACGUAAUUAAUAACAGCCAUCUAGUUAAGACUUCAGAAAGCGAUGGUUCAACAUUUUUUAAUAACCGCAUUCUUCCCCGAACCUAUAACUGGUUGAUGGAUGAUCCAAUGGAUAGUAGCUCCUGCACAUCCACGCCAGAAAGAUUCGACUGGAGUAAAGAGGAGAUUGAGCAAUGGAGGAGCCGAGGCACAUUUAUCUUUGCAGCAGACGUUGUUUAUGAUGACUCGCUCACGGACGCGUUGAUUAGAUGUCUGGAAAAACUACUAUUGGAUCCGCUUCCAAAAGAUCAUCCACGCCAUGAUAUCGGCCGCAUUGCAUACUUGACAAUGGAAAAAAGAUACAAUUUCUCGCUUGACGAGUUGGAUGUUGUGGCACAAGCGCACGACUACUUUGUCAAGAAGAUGAGUCAAUCUAACAUGAUUGAAGCUCAACGAAUUGACUGCACAGAAUUAGACCACUAUUGCGACUACAAGAGAUCUAAAGAUCUGGUACGAAAGCAAGCGGAGUGAUUUAUUCUUUUAUCUUCAUGAUGCAUCACUGACACUGCCCUCCGUGCCAAUUAGGUAUUGUUUCAAGUCGUGAAAAGACAUUACGCCACCAACUGAUCA